AUGAAAUUUUGCAACUCUUAAGUGAUAUUUGCAUGAACGAUGAACAUGCAGAUGUGACCUUCGUUGUCGAAAACGAGAAGAUCCCGGCGCACAAGACGAUCUUGUCGCUCCGAAGUUCAUAUUUUCGUUCAUUGUUUGGUGGUGCAUUCGCUGAGUCAGCCCAAGCAGAAGUCGAAUUGGAAGUUCCGGUGAACGCCUUCAAAGCGAUCUUGAAAUACAUGUACACCGGUUGUCUAUCGCUGGCCGCCUUAGAGAGCCAUCAAAUUAUCGAAGUUUAUGAUCUGGCUGAGCAAUAUGACUUCAGUGCAUCGAUGAAGAAGAUCAUUUUGGAUUACUUGACGGCCAAUCUGACAUUGGACAAUUGCGGAUCGAUACUCAAUGCAGCGCAUUUAUAUUCCAUCAAAGAUUUACAAACAGCGUGCAUGAAGUUCAUGGAUAGUCAUUCCAUGGAAUUGCUUGGCUGCGACAGUUUCCUGGCGUUAUCACUCACUUCCUUGUGCACUUUGCUGAAACGCGAUUCAUUCUACGCACUCGAGAUCGAUAUUUUCAAAGCGGUGUGCAAUUGGUUAGCACACAACUCAGAUGCUGACGUCAAACAAGCGCUUUCAACAGUUCGCUGGUCAGAACUGAGCAUGGAUGAUUAUAUGAAUAUUGUUGAGCCAAGCAAUAUUUUGGAUCCAGCUCAACUUUGGCAUGUGAUGAAAGAUAAUCGGGCAUCAAGUGGCACAGCAGGCCGUACCCAAUACCAUAGUCUAAACACGCAAAAAGAUGUCGAAGAAAAUAUUGCAACUGCCGAACACGGCGCAAAAAUUGUUUCCGGUGAGAAUCCAUCGGCAAUUUUAAACGGUAUAUUUACAGGCAAUUUAAAUUUUGGUUCAGGUAAUAUAAGUAGAUUUUAUUAUUCGCAUGUUUAA